AAAAAUUUGUUAAUUAUAUUUUAUAGUUUAUAAAUAUUAAAAGUAAUAAAAUAUAUCAUUAUUAAUCUUUCUAUAAUUUCGAGAUUUAGUUGUCAUAAAUUGUUAUUUGUAAUAUUCUUUAGAUUAUAAGGCAAGUGAUGUUAAAUGUUUUUAGACUUACCUUAAAUUUUUAGAAAAUGUAUUCGUUUUAUAAUUAUUAUUCAGAUAAAAUGUAAAGAGAUAUAAAAUUUUUGUUAAAUUUUUGUUAUCUAUAGAAAUGUAAAUAUGGUAUUGAGUUUUUUUAAAGUUUUAAUUUCGAAUGUAUGUUUUUCUUUUCUUCAUUUCAAGGGUUUGAACCUUUCUUAAGGGUUGAGACUAUAAAAACUAAAAGUUUUAUUUAAAAGAAAACUUCAAAUACCAUUAUAAAAGUUGGUCUUUUAAUUUAUUUAUUUAUAAACCUUUCAAUCUUUUCAAAUCAUAUUUGAUAGAUUUUGUUGACAAAAUCCCUAAUUUCUAAUAAGGAGAUAUUUUAUAAAUUGUACAAAUGAUUACUUUAAAAUGAAUUCACGAUAAUUUUUUUAUACAUAAUAAGAGAAAUUUUGAAGAAAAAAAAAUUAAAUACCUUCAAAUCCUCCAUACAAUAACCAUUUAAGUGAAUAAUGGAAGAAAAAUAAUUGUUGGAAAAACAUUUGGGGAAAAAAUUAAAAAAAUAAAUUACAUUUCUGUAAGUUAGUUAGUAAAAGAAAUAAAAUAAAACAAUAAAUUUUUCAUUUUCUUGGAAGUUUAAUUAAUCUAUGGGUCCAGUUUCUCGCCAAUCGGGUAGAUUAGCUAGGGAUCAUCGAGCUGUUUCUUCUCAAAUCUCGAUGCAAAAAAAAAAAGCUUUCUAGUUAGUAGUUAACGUAGCUCAAUCUUCUCUUUUUUUUUUUUUUUUGAAACAAGCUCAAUCUUCUCUUUAAUCUCCUAUUUAUAUGCGUUUCAUUAUUUGAAGAAGCACGCUUAAAUACUCCUGAUCGUAAGCUAUAACCCUUUUUCUCUUGGUUUUUUACAAUCAACCCAUAUUCAUUUUUAUUCUAGGGUUUUUGUUUUUGAAAAGUAUUUGGAUCAAAAUAAAUUUCUUCUCUUUUUGGUUGUUUGUGUCUUGAUGGUUAUAAUGGUUGAACUCUUAUUUCUUCUUUCUUUUUUGGUAGAACUACAAAGUUAUUGCUUUCAUAUGUAUCUUGAGAACAAAAUAGUGAAAAAUGGGGUGAAUUUUAUUUCAUUACUUUUUAAGAAACCAGUUUCAUGGUUGUCUUUCAUCGCCCCACCACUAAACCCUCUAAAAGAGGUUCAAGAUCAAGAUCUUGGUCAGCAAGACUCUUUAGGAGACAUCGUAAUAUCUACGACCAGUGAUGAGAUUGUCACAAAUAAAGACGAAGACGAUGGAACAAUCCCUGAUGAGGAAAGCUUCAUAGAGCUCUCUUUACCAAGCGGCCACUACGUUGGCCAACACUUCAGUACGAUGGCUGGAUCACAUCAAGAUUUCGGAUUUAUCCAACUACUAGCCGAGUUUGAAGACGAUAAUCUGAUCGAAAUCGAUAUUUCCGUCGGAUCCAUUAAGUGUUACACGUUCCAGAUCAAAGCCUGAUUCAUCUUCAUAUAUUUUCUACAACUUGGAUGUAAAGUAAUUGCGGUAUUUUUGCACGUCAGAAGUGCUCUGUGUUUUUGUUGUUCUAGAUCUCUCCAGUCUUGUGGGGUUUUGCUAUUGAUAUAUAUUAACUACAAGCCUACAACAUUAUUCCGUUUUGUAAUCUUUUUCUUAUCGACAAGGUUUUAGAUUAUCAUUAAAAUUAUAGUGAUCCAACUAAAAUUGACAACAUUAAUCAUAUCGAUAUCAUAUAAUGCGACCGGUUUCAAUAAAUAUAAAUAUACGUAACUACAUUUUCAGAAAUAGAAUAAAAUUUUCAAAUUAGUCUAAACCAUGCUGAAUCCUUAUAUUUCAAGUAUCCAAUGCCAGCCCUUGCGGCAAGCUAAUGAAGCGCAUGCUGACGGCUGAUUGUGUUAUACUCUCUCCGUUUUAUAAUACUUGAUGUUUUGUAAUAGUGCACAAAAAUUAAGAAAAUUACAUUUUCUAAAAAAAAUAUUUUAAAGAUAUAAUUUUAAAAUCAGUUAACCAAAAAAAACUGUAAAAUCUAAUUGGUUGAACAGUUUCCAAUAAAGUUAAAGUUAACCUUAAAAUCUCAAAAUUUCCUUAAAAUCUGAAAACUUCAUGUAAAUUGAAACAAAAUAAACCUUUUAAAACAUCAUCUAUAUUGAAAGGGAGGAAGUAUAAAUAUUUCGGCAACAGAUUUUAAGAAUUUCAUUAAGUGUAGUUGUAGGUCCUUUGAAAUAGUAUCUUUUGUAAGUUUUCUUCCGUAUCCUGCAUAAUUGUUUAAUAAAUUGCGAUUUCUCUGGGAAUUGGAACUUGGACCUGCUGAUGUAAAAGCAUUAAUGGACCCUUAGGCAAACCACUGGACCAAUGGUCUUCCACAGAAAAAAAAUACUAUUUAUAUGCCACUAGUAUACCUUAGAUCAUUUCAUAUUCUGGUGCUUUUCCAUAAAAAGUGGCUAAUUUUUUUUUUACUUUUGCUUAAAGUCUUUAAAUCUCAACACUGACUCUGCAAGUAUCUAAUCUAAUUAAUAUUAUAUAUAACUAGCUACACUAUUCCAUUACAAGUGGCCAAUUUUUAUACUUUUUUCAUUAAAACAUUUUUUCACAUUCAUUUGUUCAACUUGAAACCUUUAUAUAUGUUGAACAAAAUUUUCAGGUUUUAUCGAGCACGCGGCCCCUCAUGACAGAGGAAUCCAAUGAUGUAUACAGUGAUUCCUUCUUGUUGGAAGAUGGUUCCAGAAACCAGUAAAAAGGAAAUAAUGUAAGAAUCAUACGGACAGAAACAAUCUUUCAAGGAAGCAGUGAUCAAAACUUGAGUUCCCUGAAUUUGAAAAAAGAAAGCCAAGUGUCAAAAUACUAACAAGGAUGUUGAUCCCUGACGCUGAGAUCUAAAACAUCAACCCUCUCUGUCCUAUUUGCUGAUUUGCAUAAGGGAAUCCCAUUGAUGAAUAUCACCUCCAUUUACUAAUCUGUAUGUAAUGUCGAUAGAUGAGUCUUUAAUCAAGCAUUCGAAAUCAUCGUAAGAUAUAUGGACAAAAAUUAAAGUAUCCAAAAAUAUAUAUCAUACAACAAAACUAACAUUUGAAUUAUAAAAAUCUAUCAGACCAACAGA